AGACCACUGUUUUUCACAGAAACACUGUAAGCGUCCCCGGACGGUAACUUGUUCCAAGUGCAUCCUAGGAAAUGUCAGCAUCAAUGCAGUGUGAGGCUGUGAGCAAAGCUUUACGUUUUACAGCCCGUCUCAUAAGUGUGAGCGCCUUUCACUCUGCGUGACACAUCUUCGUGUUUAUGACGGGCUCUGGAGAUGCCACGCGACGAUGUGUCCCUUUUCUGGUUCGUGCUAUUUUCAGCGCGAGCGCGUCAUGAUGCCGUCCAGCAAACUUCAUCUGGAGUGAAAGAAGAAUUCGCGCACACGUCCGGGAUUACAGCUCCUGCGUUAUCGUGAAUUGAGGCAGGUGCAGAACUUCAAAACGAUGAAUUCUACGAGCGCAGAACUACGCGAUCUACCUUGCUCGGCUGAUGUCCUUGUUCAUGUAUGAGAGAUUAUUCGUUCAUCGCCGACAGCCCGAUCAUCACUUCUCCACAGCUUUCCUCUUUUCAUCUGAGCGUCCGUGUAAAAUGGAAGUCUGAAGUGCUCCACUUUCGCAGUUUCUCACCUUUCAAAGCAAAAGCUGCGGGGCGGCCCUUGUGGCCGGGAUGCCACUGUGUACCUUGCCAGUCGGCGGUGGAUCCUGAGGGGCAGGAGCUGCCCACCCAGUGCAGAGGGCAGAGGAACAAGCACCCUGACCACGACAUGAAUCUCUGCUGGAACGAGAUCAAACGCAAAUCCCACAACAUCAGGGUACGGCUGGAGGCCUUUUCGGACAACAGUGGGAAGCUCCAGCUGUCCCUGCAGGAGAUCAUUGAAUGGCUGACAGCUAAAGACGAGGAGCUGUCCGAGCAGCUGCCCAUAGGUGGUGAUGUCGGAGCGGUGCAGCACCAGCGGGAGUUCCACCAGGCUUUCAUGGAAGAUGUCAAAUCCAGAGGGCCCUACAUCUACUCGGUGUUGGAAUCAGCUCAGACCUUCCUGGCACAACACCCAUUCCAGGAGCCUGAGGAGACGUUGCCUGAUGGCAAAGAAGUCUCUCCUCGCCGGCGAAUACUGAAUGUAAGUCGCUCCGUGUGGAAGCAGGCCAACGUGGCCAGUGACCUGUGGGAGAAGUUGACGGCGCGCUGCGUGGACCGACACCGGCACAUGGAGCGAACCCUGGAGAGGCUGCUGCAGAUCCAGGCCGCUAUGGAGGAGCUGGCUGUGGCUCUGGAGCAGGCGGAGGGAGUGAGGGACGCCUGGGAGCCUGUGGGAGACCUGUUUAUUGAUUCGCUGCAGGAUCACAUAGAUGCUACCAAGCUGUUUAAAGAAGAGCUGACCCAGGUGAAGGAAGGAAUGAAACACAUAAAUGACCUGGCGCACCAGCUGGCCAUAUCUGAUGUGCACUUGUCCAUGGAGAACGCCAGAGCUCUGGAGCACCUCAACAACAGAUGGAAACUUUUGCAGGGGUCAAUUGAAGAACGUCUGAAACAGUUGCAAGAUGCCCAUAGAGAUUUUGGACCCGGAUCACAGCACUUCCUUUCCAGCUCUGUGCAGAUUCCUUGGGAACGUGCCAUAUCCCCCAACAAAGUGCCAUACUACAUCAACCAUCAGGCUCAGACAACCUGCUGGGACCAUCCAAAGAUGACUGAAUUAUACCAAGCUCUGGCGGACCUGAACAAUAUCAAGUUCUCUGCAUACCGGACGGCCAUGAAGCUGAGGCAUGUGCAGAAGGCUUUAAGAUUGGACUUGCUGAAGUUGAGCAGCGUGGCGGAUGUGUUUAGAGAACAGGAGCUGCAGCAUGCCGAGCAUGUGAUGGAUGUGGUCGAGGUCAUCCACGCUCUCACUUCCCUGUAUGAGAAACUAGAGGAGGAGAGGUCCGUCCUGAUCAAUAUCCCCCUGUGCGUCGACAUGUGUCUCAACUGGCUGCUGAAUGUUUACGACAGUGGUCGUAAUGGUAAGAUGCGAGUGCUCUCCUUCAAGACGGGCCUGGUUAUUCUAUGCAAAGCAGACAUCCAGGAAAAGUAUAAAUACCUUUUCAGACAGGUGUGUGGUCCAGGUGGACUGACAGAUCAGAAACAUCUCAGUCUGUUACUGCACGAGGCUAUUCAGAUCCCUCGGCAGCUCGGGGAGGUGGCGGCAUUUGGAGGGAGCAACGUGGAGCCCAGUGUCCGCAGCUGCUUUCGAAUUGCUCCAGGUAAGUCAGUAAUUGAGGUGUCUCACUUUCUGGAGUGGAUGGGCCUAGAGCCUCAGUCGGUGGUGUGGCUUCCUGUUUUGCAUCGGGUGACCGUGGCUGAGACAGCCAAGCACCAGGCACGCUGCUACAUCUGUAAACAGUGCCCUAUCAAGGGCUUCAGAUACCGAAGUCUGAAACAGUUCAAUGUGGACAUCUGCCAGACGUGUUUUCUGACAGGCAGAACUACCAAGGGCAAGAAACUACACUACCCCAUCAUGGAGUACUACACCCCGACGACCUCAGGCGAGAAGAUGCGGGACUUCGCAAAGACACUAAAGAACAAGUUCCGCUCGAAGCAGUAUUUUAGUAAACACCCUCAGAGGGGAUACCUGCCUGUUCAAUCAGUACUGGAGGUGGAGAGUUCUGAGACGCCCUGCACAUCUCCCAGGCUGCCUCAUGCGGACACACACAGCCGGAUCGAGCAUUUUGCCAGCAGGUUGGCAGAAAUGGAGAACCAGAACUGUUCCUUUUUCACCGACAGUCUCUCUCCGGAUGAAAGUUUGGAUGAAGAUCAGUACCUCCUACGUCACUCCAGCCCCGCCCUCGAGCAGGACUCCCCCCACGGCCACCUGCUGGCCCACCUGGACUGCCAGAACAGAGAAGAGCUGCAGCGCACCCUCCAGCGCCUGGAGAACGAGAACAGGGUGCUGCAGGGUGAGUAUCGGCGGCUGAAGUGGAAGCACGAAGAGGCAGCAGCAUCACCCCAGCUGCUGGAGCCAGGUCCAGGUUCACCGGCCGUUCAGCAGGAUGAGGAGCUCUUAGCCGAGGCUCGAGUCCUUCGACAGCACAAGUCCCGCCUGGAGACGCGAAUGCAGAUUCUGGAGGACCACAACAAGCAACUGGAGUCCCAGCUACGCAGACUCAGAGAACUACUGCUGCAGCCCAAAGAUGACUCGGAGGCCAAUGGCUCAGCUCCUUCCUCUCUGUCCUCUCCUGUGUCAGGGGGUGACCACCAGGGGGAGCCUCCCAGCAGAGAGACCACAGACACAGAAGCUGCAGGUGAGUAUUUGGAUUACGAGCAGGACACCGUACUGCAGCUGCAGCAGGUAAUCGAACAGCUGAGGAACGUCUUCCCAUCUGAGCCAGGUCCAUGA